AUGUUCGUCACUAAACAUGCGGCGGAGCUUUGCGCUCUCCUAGUCAAUGAUCUCUACGGCGAGCUUCCUUCGCGAAUCCUCGCCGCGCUCUUCACAAAAGGCCGAUCAACCAUCACACAGCUCGGGCUCUAUACGCAGCUGGGCCCCCGCCAAAUUCGCAAUGGCCUGGGCGUCUUGAUCCAGCAGAAUCUGCUAUACCACCACACCGAUGCCGACACCAAGCGCACUACCUAUGAAGCCAACCCCGGCGCAUGCUAUAACCUAGUUCGAUCUGGCAAGAUUUUGGAGAUGAUUGAGAGUCAAUACGGAAAGGCAGAGCGCGACCUCGUGCAGACCCUUCUGCUUCUUGGAUAUGCAAGGAUCGCCGAGCUGACUCACGCAUACGUAUCCCGAGCUCCAAGAUCAAACGGGCACGCAAAUGGCAAUGGUGUAAAUGGGGCUGACUCUGGUCUUAUUGAGUCGGAAGCUGAACUUCACAAUGUGCUGAGCCACUUGAUUCGAUGCGAAAUCAUUGAGACCGUUAGGCCGCAGUCUUUCCGCAAUCCAAACGAUGUUUAUCACGAAAUUGAGGCGGAGGUCACCAAGACGGCCCCUGGUGAAAAGGCAACCAAGACGAAAAUUGAUCAGCAAAGGCAGAUUAUGGAGCAAUAUCGAGCGUUUAAAGAUCAGCCCAAGGCUCUGAAGAGGCAGCUUGACCAGUUCGGUGGUCCCGUAACCAAGAGAAGAAAGCUCGGGAACGGAUUGGGAGAGGAGGAUAGAGCGAUGGAGGACGAUAUGCCACCUCUUAAUCCAAACGUGGUUGUCAGGGUCAACUAUGACAAGUGCCUAGUUGAGCUGCGUAGCCACCGUCUAGCCAGCUUCGCCAAGGACACUCUGGGAGAGGUUACCGGCGAGGUCUAUCGCACGCUGCUAGGCCUGCUUACCAUGGAUGUGUCUAGGUGCCGGGCAGAUCCUUUCCUGGGAGAAGAGUCAAUUGCUCAACAAGCGACAGCCACGACAAUGGAUGUCUACGAGCAUCUUGACGAGUCGAUCAACGUCACAACAGGCAUAGGGAAGGCCCCUAAAGAUAAGAUAGAUUACCAGAGUGCAGAGAAGAUCAAAACCGCGCCCGCCGGCAACGACUUGAUGGCUGAUGACUCAGAUGAAGACCCAUCAGGGCCGUUUGACAGCGAUGAUUCGGACGACAUGGGCACAAAGGGGAGCUUUUCCAGAAGAUCUCGGUCGGUAUCCAAGACCAAUGGAGCCCGACCAACCAAGGUGACGUUUGAGGAUGCAGCGACAUCGACGGAUAAUCGUCUAGACCAGAUGCGCGCGCAUCUCCUGUUACUAGCAGAAAGCAAGCACCGCUUCGUUCGCCACUGCGGAACACAAGGCCGCGGGCAAUGGACAGUGGAUUUCGACCAGGUGAUGGAGCGCCUUCGAGAGACGGAACUGGAUGCCUCCAUCGAGCAAUCCUUUGGCAGGCAUGGACUCCGCCUUACCCGCAUCCUCCGAGAAAAGGGCAAACUAGAUGAAAAGAUGCUGCCUUCUGCGGCGCUGAUGAAGAAGACGGACGUGCAGGCCAAGAUGCUUGCCAUGCAGAUGGCUGGGCUGGUGGACGUGCAGGAAGUCCCCAAGGACAACACAAGAGUGGCCAACAGGACGCUCUUUUUCUGGUUCUUUGACCGGGAACGAAGCCAGGCACAGAUCCUGGAUGACUUGUACAAGGCAAUGGUUCGCGCUCUACAGACACUGCAGGUGGAGAGACACAGGGAGCGGAACAUUCUGUCCUUUGUCGAGAGAAAGGACGUCAUGGGAAAGGAGGAAGAGGUGAUGACGGCGGAGCAUUACAACAAGUAUAACAGGCAUUUGGAGGAACAGAAUAAGCUUCUUGGACAAGUUAUGAGACUGGACGAGAUGGUGUCGAUAUUCCGGGAAUACUAA